AUGGACUUUGUUUCGCAGCAGUUCAACGCGACGGUCGGUUCGCUCUUGAACCCGACCACCACACACCUGGCCUCCGAGCUGUACAAGAACACCGACAUUGCCUCUCUCAAUGUGUUCGAGAGGGCAUGGGCCAACUGGUACCUCUACUGGGGCAACCCCGUGCUCGCGACAGGUAUCAUGUCGUUCGUGCUGCACGAGCUGGUCUACUUUGGUCGUGCCAUCCCCUGGAUCAUCAUCGACUCGAUGCCUAGCAUGCGCAAGUACAAGCUGCAGGACGAGAAGAUCCCUACGCCCGAACAGCAGUGGAAGUGCACCAAGUACGUGCUGCUCUCGCACUUCACCGUCGAGUUGCCACAGAUCUGGUCGUUCCACCCUAUCUGCGAAUACUUUGGCCUCGCCACCCACGAGGUUCCCUUCCCACACUGGACCAAGAUCGCAUGGCAGAUCGGUCUGUUCUUCCUGUUUGAGGACGCAUUCCACUACUGGGCCCACCGCGCGCUCCACUGGGGUCCUCUGUACAAGCACAUCCACAAGAAGCACCACGAGUACUCGGCUCCCUUUGGUCUCGCCGCAGAGUACGCUCACCCUCUCGAAGUCUUGAUCCUCGGUAUGGGCACGAUCGGCGGUCCCUUCGCUCUGUGCGCUUUCACCAAGGAUCUGCACAUCUUGACCGUCUACAUUUGGAUCGUACUGCGUCUGUUCCAGGCCAUUGACGCUCACUCGGGCUACGACUUCCCCAUCUCGAUGCACAAUUGGGUGCCCUUCUGGGCGGGCGCCGACCACCACGACUACCACCACCAGGCGUUUGUAGGCUGCUACUCGACCUCGUUCCGCUGGUGGGACAGCUUGCUGGGCACCGACUUGUCGUACAAGCGCGCACGCGCUCGUCAGGCCGAGAAGAAGAAGCUGGCUGCUGAGGGAGAGAAGGCCAAGGCGCAGUAA